UAAUUAUAUAAUUAAAUUAAAUUUAAUGUAUAGAAGUUUAGGAUUCCUUAUCAGAUCUACAUCGAUUUAUAAUUAAAUGUGGAUAAGAGGUCCAAAAAAGGCAAAGGUAGAGGCAGUUGCCACUUCGGAUGAUUUAAUUAAUAUUUGGAAAGAUAGAAAAGACCCAGAAAUCAAAGAGAUUGAUGAGUAUCCUUUAUGGUUAUUAGAAUUGGCAGUACCUUUGGACAGCAUAGACGUAGCUUCUAUUUAAAUCGCAGCAAAUGAUAAAGCUUAUCACCCUCCAGCGAGUCAUGUGAGGAGUAUUGUUAGAAGUAUUAAAAGACAGAGAAUUAUCUUAAUGAAUAAAUACACAUCUUUAAAUAGAGAUGGAGAUGUAAUUGGUGAUGAUGAUCUCAAUGACCAAGAAGAUCAAUUGGAGCAUAUUUAAUAAGAGAAAUUAGCAGAAGAAGCAGCAGCUGAAGAAGCAUAAAGACUCAAGGAAUUAGAAGAAGAUGAUGAAGAUACGCCUAAGGCAAGAAAGCCAGCUAUUAGAAAGGAGGAAGAUGAUGAUGAUAAACCAGCAGCUGGAAAGGGUGGUGAUAAAGAUAAAGCAGCAGCUGGUGCUAAAGGAGGUGCUGGAGCAACUGGAGCAGCAGGAAAAGCUGGAGAUACUGCUAAAGGAGGCAAAAAAAAAUGAGGUGUAAAUUUAUAUAAGAUUUAUUUAUGAUUAUAAACCAAUUUUUAAGU